GAACGAACGCCCUGGAUGGAGAGGAGCUUGGCUUCUGAUCUCUCGUGUCGUCCUCGAAGGAGAAGGCCUGUUCUAGUUCCAGCUUUGUUAUGACAUCGUGCGUCCCUCCAUGUUUUACUUCAGCUUCAGCUUCCUCGAGUCUUCGCUCCUCGCCCUUUGACGACGACGACAACAUCGUCACCACGCUCUUUCCUCAAACAGACGUACUCAUUUCUUGUGUGUCGCUGUUGCCUCUCGCUUUGACCAGUUUGCUUCUUCGUCCCAAGUCGAUCCCUUCAGCCCGCGCGUUGUUUGUACCCGGUCCCGCAUCCUGUGAGUCCUAUAUCACUCUGUUUGGUCAAUAUUGGUUGUGGACGAAAUUUGGGGCCACGGCAGGAAUCUUGUCCUUGUCCAGCGCUGGCACGGACAUCUAAAUAGGCGUCGGAAGUACCUGUCGCUACAUGGUCGAAGCGUCCUCCUUGCGCGUUCCCAGUGUUUGUGCAUACCAAACAACGUCUGAGCACGCUCUUUUGCGACUGUCGACUUCACUUUUCGGCUUGAAUUUGGCCUGGAAUUCUGAACAUUUUCUUCGCAGGCAUUAAUUACCGUCUAUGUCACCUUGAGCCGGAGGAAGAAGAGUCUCUCUGGAAAACCUGAUGCAGCAUUCACGUCCGCCUCAGUUUCCUCUCUGUUUGUCCUUCAAGAAGCACAGGUGUAGCAUAGACGCCUCGCGCCAUACGAUAGACCUCAUACUGCCGAAACCAAUCGCCGCGCCCGUCUGGGCUUCUCUUCCUACACCUCCCAUGUCCGGGUCUCCCCCGCCGGAGCCGCCGAAUGAACCACCACAGAUUGCUGGCCGACGACGGAAGCGAUCCCAUACUCCCCCAACGGCAAGCGCCGCUACCGUUGCGCCGUCGCCAGCGACGCCUGUCGAACAGACCGCUCCCAGACUAGGCGCGCAGACCAGAACAGGCGAGACUAUAGCAGAACUCCCAGUUCAGCUGGGGACUUACGUAGCGAGUUAUCCGAUUCCAGCCUCAUAUGCAGCCGGUUCAAGUUUCGCCACGUCCGCAACGUCCAGCCUGAGCGAGUCUUCUCGAUAUCUCCUCAGUCCAGUGUCGCCACGCGCCGCUCGGAAACCGAAAGCGCAUGUGGCUUCAGCGUGUGUGAAUUGCAAGAAGAAGCAUUUGAGAUGUGACAACAAUCGACCGUGCCGAAGAUGCGUGCAAAGCGGUAAAGAGGCGUCUUGUCACGAUGUCGAGCACAAGAAGAGAGGGCGGCCACCGUUGAAGCCAGAAGAUCCUUCGACGAGGCGCACCUUCGAAAGUGCCAUCACUCCAAUGGGCUCUCAUAUGGGAGGACCACCCAGGCCAUUGACAGGCCCAGACAUAUCAUCUUUCGGACAGCCUCCAGGUCCUAUAAGCCGAUAUCCUCCACUGCGACCCCAGGAUCCAUCGAGAGGGCCUCCGAUGAGAGGAUCGUUUCAACCCAUGUAUGCGCAGCCUUCUGUGUCCUUUAGCCCUGCGACAGCAGCGGGAACUUUUGCUUCUCCUACUAGACCUUAUUCGCAAUCUGGACCAGGACGCAUCCAAGGCCAAUUGCCGUCAUCGUAUGCAUCACCUCACUCUGAAUCCCCUCACCAGCAGAUUGCACCAUAUGGUGGUUACAACUAUCCUCCUAUGGCCUCACAAUACGGAGCAUCUGGUCAGGCCACAUAUUCCAAUCCUAUCUUUCCACGUCCGGCCAUGCAUGGGUCAAUGUCUGGUGAACCAAUGCCGCCUUUUGGUGGUCCGUCUAGUCUUCAGCUCCCGCCGAUACGUCCCACAACGUUGGGACCGAUUGAUCCUGCCAUAACACAGGCGGCUCAGUCGACACAUCAAGCAUCUCAGCAUUCUGAAGGAGCUCAGGACGAUGGAACCCAAGAGCCCGAUCCAAAACGGCCGAAGAUGGACAUCCAAGGGAUUCUAGGUCCCAAGCAGGACUGAAUAUUUUUGUCGCCGAUGGAAAACAACAGGCCUUGUUUUCAUCUGCUGUUUUUCAAACCACUUCCAUGGUGGCACCCACGAAUAUUUUACCUUUUUAUUUCUUUCUUGAUGAUAACGAAUGCUCCCAAAGAACGGCCUCUCACAAUCAAUCAUAUUAUGUUUUUACGUGUACAACACAUUUCACGGAUCUGCGCUGGUCGCAGAUUCACAUAUCGAAGAGAACGGCAGUCUACCUCAAGCCGAUUACAGGAAAUGUUUGGGGUUGACUUUUUUCCUCUUCUUUCACAACAGAAAAAGAGAAACAAGAAACGACACACCAGGCGCCAGGCACCAAAUACUUACCUGCUAAAGGUCAAUCUUUCAAUUCACGAAUACUAUUUUACGGGCAUGGACAGUAACCUAGCUUUAAUUGACGAAAUGGGAAAAGCUUACGAUCUUUUUGUCUACGGCCUGUAUUUAUAACAUGGACUCUUCGCCUUGCUUGGCUGAAAACGACGGACGAGUGCCAUGUACGUACUCGAUAAUGAACUUGUACUGGCUGGGGAAAUGAAACUCGAUCACUGGAACUCAGCUACCUGUUUCUUUAUCUCCAUGAGUUUUUCUCCUUUUUAAAGAAAAGCAAUCAAAGCUUUGAUGAUAGGCGCUAUGUGUGGUUUGCCUUUGGGUGGGCUGGACAAACACCAGGAACGAAAAGCCAGCGCCGUGAUUUUUUGCAGAAUACACAUCCGGAGACCUCCCCAGCCAAAAGAGAAAGGACGGUACGAGUAUGCAUUUGACGAUUCUGAAAUAGGUUGAUGAUGAUGCACGGCAGAGUUUGUCUUACUUUGUUAAACAAAUUAAAUAGUAUUCCGUAUAAGGAAUGGGAGGGGGAUUUUGAUAUAACAUACAGAGUAUGCGAACAUGGUGCUCGAUAACGUAAUAGAAAAAGCAGUCUCAAAUCAAAAGCCAAGAGACAAGAUACGGAUCUGAGAUCUCUUAUAUACACACAGAGAGACAGACAAACAAACGAACACUAUUUGAG